AUGUCAUCGAACCUGGAUUCCUCAGCUCCACUUCGUCCAGAUGUCAUCGACCUGGAUAUCUCAGCUCCACUUCGUCUAGAUGUCAUCGACCUGGAUUCCUCAGCUCCGCUUCGGCCAGAUGUCAUCGUGUGGUGUUCUGUCUCAUUCCAGGAGGAACUCCAGACUGACCUGAAGCCCUUACAGGAGAAGCUGAAGGUCUUUAAUAAAGUUAAACAAACCUGUGAUCAAACUGCAGUGCACAUUAAGAGCCAGGCUCAGCACACAGAGAAGCAGAUUAAGGAGGAGUUUGAGAAACUUCACCAGUUUCUACGAGAGGAAGAGGAGGCCAGGAUAGCUGCUCUGAAAGAGGAAGAGAAGCAGAAGAGUCAGAAGAUGAAGGAGAAGAUUGAGCAGAUGAACAGAGAGAUAUCAUCACUUUCAGACACAAUCAAAGCCAUAGAGGAGGAGCUGAAAGAUGAAGACAUCUCAUUCCUGCAGGACUUCAAAACCACGAAGGAAAGAGCCCAGUGCACAAUGCCAGAUCCACAGCUGGUGUCAGGGGGGCUGAUAGACGUGGCCAAACACCUGGGAAACCUGAAGUUCAGAGUCUGGGAGAAGAUGCAGGAGAUCAUCAAACACACUCCUGUGAUUCUGGAUCCCAACACUGCAUCCUCCCGUCUCUCUCUGUCUGAUGAUCUGACCAGUGUGAGUCGAACUGACCCAGAGCAGCAGCUCCCUGACAGCCCUGAGAGAUUCAUGAAGUAUUCAACUAUUCUGGGCUCUAAGGGGUUCAGCUCAGGUAAACACAGCUGGGAGGUGGAGCUGGGUGACCGUCCUUGCUGGAUUAUGGGCGUGGCUAAAGAGUCAGUUGACAGGAAGGGGGAGCUGUUUGCAUCACCAAAGUAUGGAAUCUGGGCUAUACGGCAGGAUAGUGGUAAGUAUAGUAAUGGAAAGGGAGAGACUCUCCUCCUGAAGAAGAAACCCCAGAGGAUCAGAGUUCAGCUGGACUACGACCAGGGGGAGGUGUCCUUCUACGACUCCAAAGACAUGACACUCAUCUACACUCAUAAAGACACAUUCACUGAGACUCUCUACCCGUACUUCCAUAUUGGAUCAGCUGGUGAUGUGAAAAGCACUGGUGUUCAGAUCUGCCAAUCAGAGGUGUCAGCCCAUGUCAAUUAAACAUGUUGUAUUGGUUAAUUAGUCUAGUUAAUCUAGCCAGCUAUCUAAACUAGUCAUCAUGACCGAAUUACUAACCGUGCAUGCAGGGUACGUGCCCAGGGGCCCUGACCUCCAGGGAGACCCAAAUGAUUAUGUUGUGUGGAAUUGCAUGAAAUGAUGUGUAAAACUACAAAAUAAUUGUUCUUUAAUGCAAACUCAUAUGUUCACUUUUUGUGAAUAAAACUCUUGUUCUGCAACCAGA